AUGUCUGGACGUGGAAAAGGCACUGCUGGCAAAGCUCGGUCCAAGGCCAAAUCUCGCUCAUCUCGGGCUGGACUGCAGUUCCCGGUCGGCCGGGUUCACAGACUCCUAAGAAAGGGUAACUAUGCUGAGCGGGUGGGUGCCGGAGCCCCGGUCUAUCUGGCUGCUGUGCUCGAGUAUCUGACAGCCGAAAUCCUCGAAUUGGCCGGCAAUGCAGCCCGGGACAAUAAGAAAACCCGCAUCAUCCCCCGACACCUGCAGCUGGCCGUCCGCAACGACGAGGAGCUGAACAAGCUGCUGGGAGGGGUGACUAUCGCUCAGGGCGGUGUGUUACCCAAUAUCCAGGCCGUGCUGUUGCCCAAGAAAACCGGCGGUGCCAGUAAGUGAAGCGACGUAAGCUGAACCUAUUUACCCAAAGGCUCUUUUCAGAGCCACUCACAGUGUCUGUGGAAGGGCUGAGCAGCGGGUGAUUUCCGUUCAGAGUAUCUGGGCUGUGUAUCUGUCACGGCCCCGACCGGAGCCAUCCCUGGUAACGUUUUCUCUCCUUCCGUCGUGUUUCUUCCGCGAAUUAAACCGGUAUAAAUCUGCACAGUACGCGGUCCGCUUCACCCUGACUCAUUCCCCCUCUCUGCUGGCUGAAUGGAGCUCUGUCCCCUUGCGGGGUGGGGAAAUGAACUUCCAGAGUCAGCCCCCGGAGGGUGAAUUUAAUCUCCGAUCAUUGAACGAUUCCGGUCUUCAUGACCUGAAACCGUGUUGUCUGGGUUUCACAUUGCGGUUUGACCCUGGACCGUUCCGGUAUACAGCAGACGGGAACACCGCCUGCCGAUCGCUUCAUGAGCAAUUCCCACCGCCUCACAGAACAAUAAUAUUUGCAGCUUUACAUUUAUCUAGAAAAGUACAUUUACCCUGUGGAACUGACAGUAUUUACUAAAAAUCUCGUCCACCUGGGUCUCUGAAGUAU